GUUAUUUUCGUCUGAACGUAUUAAAUACGUACCUGCAACUGCACAUCGCAGGACAAGCAUAUAUUGAAGUUUCGCGUGUCAUCUUCGACGUUUUGUUUACCUCGUUUGGAUAUCGCGAAGAAUUGCGCGGAUCGAUGCCCCUCGAUCGGAGUUUUACCCAAUCGAUGUAAUUUUACGAUCGUCGUAACUAUGAGAGGAAAAAAGGUUCAAUGAAAGUUUUGCACAAGAAAGCUGUUACCUCGCGCAAAGAAAUCUCUAGUUCUCGACUCCGGUUUCAGCUCUCGAUAUUAUUAUUUUUUGUUUUUUUUGUUUUUUUUCAUUCAGUUGAAUGGAGAAAGUAAAAGUUCAUCUGCGGCAGUAAAAGCAGGUGAUUUCAGACUAGUAUUUAAGUUUUGCGCUGCGAUCGUGCGGCACAGAGUUGCCGGUGUAUUAUAACUCUCUCGAAAUAUCAGAGGGCGUGCGAAAGUCAAAAUUACUGAAAUUGUUCUACCCAUAAAGGCGUCCGCCUUGAACCCAAUGACUUUGGCUAUUUCAUUCCUUUUCCUUCACACCUAUAAUGUUUGUACACUCCGCUUCCUUCGCUUGUUUUUACUCCCAAGUGCCUCCAUGCCGCUCCUUUCUGAUCAUCUCACACAACAAGCGCGUAUGUUCUGCUGAAAAUAAUUACCAAAAAAUACUUCUCAUUGAUUGAUAAUAAUCGCUAACCGAUUCUUCUCGUAUCCGCAUCACCGUUGCGAUGAAAAUUUUGUUUUCGAUUGUUUCAUUUCUUUCGACCUUCCCCUUUUUUCAUGAUAUUACGCUAUGUAAAUUUCCAUCAUCCGUUAUAACUCGAUUUUGUUUUCGUCUAAAUUUUACUUGUCUUGUACUCCGAGGCCCGUUAUGCAAUCAAUAAUUAAUCCUAUUAUACAUGUAUACGUAUCGCCAGUUCCUUCUUAAUCUUAUCAGAAGUUAGUUUAUGAAAACGUUUUUCGGUCACGGCACUCGCAAGGCUGAAUCGCGCGCACUUGGAAUAUUUCAUCUGUUAUUCGAAAUUAUUCAAUCAAUUUCGAUAAUUGUCGGCACCGUUGAUCAUGUGUAUUAUAUGUGCUGUUCAAUUGCUCAACAAUCAUAAAUUCGUUAUUAUACAGCAUAAUUGAUAAUUGUCAGCCAAUGAACGAGCGAAAGUUGAAUGGAAAUUUAGUCGUUAAAUAAAUUCAAACGUACUUUUCUGUUAUCUAUGCAAAUUAUCGGAACUCGUUGCCUUUUUUUUUUUGUUUGUUCUUCUCUCUUCAAUCCGCAAAGUUAUUAAGAAUAAAUCGCGACUCGUGUGACGCGUGAUCAUCGGAAACUAGUAUUCCUGCAAGGUAUAUAAUUAGACAACAAUUACCGUCCGAUUUGCUUCGUGAAAAGCUCGAUAGAAAUUUUCAGAACGACAUCGGUAUAUUCAAAUACCUACGUUCCUCUUACGACGAAGCCCUUAUCAGUUCGCGGUGUAAUGGGACCAUUUAUUUCUUAUCGAUCAGUCAUUUGGUCGCACAAUCUUUAGCACCGACAUGACGCAUGUAAUGUCACUUUGUUUUUCCUCCUUUGUCCAAUAAAUAUCCAGUAAUACGAGAUAUUCCAUUCACCCGUGUGAAUAAACCGCGUACAGGUAUUUAAUUGGAAAAUAUUAUUCCAGUUUAAUAACCAUUAGUUGGCUUUUUUUAAUCUUACAUUUUUCCUCUUCAUUCCUUUAUCGUAGAUGGAUUUAUAGCCACAUCUGUACACCUUGCAUAAUCGUAUUUAAGAGUUUUCCUGCAUCCUUGAUCCGAUUACGCAGAUCUUGAUCUAUGCAGAUUGUGACGUGCAUACCUCUGUUUUACCGCGUGUCUAAGAGAGCCUAGAAGAAAUCAUCGCUCAGGAAACCGCAAUUAUCCGCUUGCGGCUGCCACGACGGUUGAUGUAUCCAUGUAAUUGCAAUAUUGCUAUGGGGUUUCAUCGAGGGGUUUCUCCAUCUCGAUUUGACCACUUCUUUUUUUUUUUCCUCAACGUGGAAUAUCUUCAGAAAUAUACUUCGGCUCCUUUACUUCCUUUUUUGAUCCAUAUUUUUAGCUCGGUUAUCCUAUACACCCUACACUGUAAAUUAUCUCUCAACGAAUACGUGAAGAACGAAAAACAAGAAGAAGAGAAAAUAAGAAACGAGUUAAUUACUAAAAAAAAUUGUUAUUGCGGCGUUAACGUUUCGAUAUCAAAAACUUCGUACUUUCAUUUACAUUGCAAACGCCAUUUGCAGCAGGAAGAAAGUAAAAAUACAUACUGUGUUAAAUAUAAUUAUUUUAUACGAACAAUACGAUGCCUUUCGUUUGGCUCAAGAUUCGGAAGAAUUUACAAGCGGUUUUUCAAAGUACAUAUUGGGCCUCCAUUUCCUGACGGAUUGCAUAGAAUAUUUUCACCCACGUAAAAUUAUCCGGAUUUCUGGCACUUGAAAUUUUCUCCAUCUGGAAUUUGGUACCGAAUCUAAUAAUCGGCAUUCCUCACGUAAAUUUUCUGCAAUCUAGAGUGAAACGCCGAAGCAUCGAUCAGAUCAAACGAUACAAGGUUUGAUUUAUUCUCGGAUUUAUCUCACUUUCUCGCAAUCUGCAUAAUAGAUGGAUUAAAUAUUUUGCAAAUUUUUUCUAAAGAAAGAAAAAUGAAAACGCUACUACGAAGUGUCGAUUAAUGGAAAUAGGUUGACGACAAAAUGACGGGGAAAACUCUUUUGUAAUCAAAACCCGCUUUCGCUGCGUCGCUUUUUGAUUUCUUUUUUUUACUAAUCUCCACAUCUAUCGAUGGGAUAUGAAAUUUUUAUUCAACAUUCCGUGUAACUCAUUCGUCAGAAAUUAAGAGUGCGUAGUUUGUCACGAUGACGUAUCUCUACGGUUGGUAGCGACGCGCGAUAAUUUUUCGCCAUUUAAAAUACGCGUACCUCCCGUACGGUGCAAAAUUCAAUUGUCGAGUCGAAAAAAUGUGACGAGUCCGGAUGUGCACGAAUGCCAAAAUUAACCACACACAACGUUGGUGUGAAUCGAAUCACCAAUCCAAAUUGCACAGAAAAUAAUUAUGAUAAAGAAAAAGAAUUGCUCUUGGUACGUGGGUAUGAUACAUCGAAUUCGUUUGAGUAAUUAGUUAAAAAUAUCAUAUGAAAUCGAGGUAAUUCAUGAGCUGCAUAACUUAUGCAAUAAUGCAUGAGAAACAACGGAAUAUCCGAGGCAGGAUAUGAUCAUCGAGUGGAGCCAUCGGUGUGACGAUGACGAACCGUUUCUAUAACGGUAGUUAGCACACGAUACUUCACGCCGUAUAAAAUGAUAAAAAGCGAUAUAGGUAGAGAGGAAUAUCUUUGAAGAGGGCAAAGAACGUCGUCGACAAUAUAAUUUGUUUUAAAGACACAUAAAUAUUCGUGUCAAUAAUUAAUUGCGCUGCAGCUGUGGGUGCGAAUACCUGAGACUAUAAGGUAUUGUUACUUUAUAAAUAAAUUCGACGCGGGUAUUUUCGAUGAGAAUGCUAAAAUGACGUAGAGAGAGAGAGAGAAAGAGGAGAGAAAGAGAGAGAAAGAAAGGGAAUACGAGAGAUCUGGAAUCAUCGUGGACGUCAUUAUGCACUAAACUAAACGCGAUUUGAAUACAUACCUAAAACCGGUUAUCACUUCACAGAUAGAUAUACAAACCUACUGAUCAAAUUUCCCUGAUAGUAUGGAUAAUAAAUUCGAUCAACCUCGUUGAAGAUUGAUCAAUAUCUAUAUGCAUAGUGAAAUAUUCAGCCGAUCGAUAACUCCUCUUUAUUUUUUUCAUCGAGAGAUAAGGAACUCUUUUUUUCACUGUAACGUCAAUUCAUUUAUUCAUCGAAUCAAAAACGUUAAAUUUAUAUUUGUGCGCCUCAAUCGGGGACACAGUGGUAAUGAGAGCAGACCGUUACACGAUACACAUGGUACGGAUAAAACAAGGAAAUGGUCGAUUCAUAUGUUCAAGAACUUUUUUUCUCUUCUCUCCUCACGAGUCUUCCUUGUAUAAUCUUAGAAAAUUUUAUCUAUUCAGGAUUUCAAUCAUUAAAAAUAAUCGCGUGCGUGCAAUUCCGGGAUCAUAAAAACUACCUCGAUUCGACGGUUGCGAAAAAAAAAAAAAAAAAAAAAGAUUAAUCGAAAUCGACAGUGAGGAAUUGUCAUUAAUUACGCGUAAGAGAUAUUCAUAAGCUUAUGGAAUAGAACCAUGAAUCUCCUGCAAGAGACAUUCUGUCUGUUUGGUAAAAAAUUAUUUUUCCUAAACACCUCGUUUGCCUUGUACGAGGCCUGAAGUCAAGGUGCCGCCUGGUGAAAUUCGUACGCAGCCAACAUACGUCAAUGUGCUGCGGGUCGUCGUACUGCAAGGAGACGGAAAAAUUAUCGUCCUUACACACGAAUUUUAGAUAAUUAUUAAAUCGAUGAUAACAGGGCUACGAAAAAACUCGCUAGUCGCAAGUACCUCGACGUCACGUGUUUUUACAGUUUGAUUAAAAAUUUAUCAACCGAAAACUUCAUCAUUCUCUCGAAUAUUAAAAUAAUUAAGUCGCGCGACCGCGAUUGGCAAAAAUAAAAUACUGUUUGCCUCACUUACGAAAUAUCGUGUUUAAAGAUAGAUUUAAUUCGCGUGUUAAAGUGAGAAAGAAAAAAUCACAUCUAUACUGACGCAACAUUCGGUAAAACGAGUAACGAAAAAAAAGAAGAAAAAAACAAUUUGAACAAAAUCGUUUACUUUAGUUUUUAACUAUUUAAAUUCUUCCGAUUUUUCUUCAUAUAGACUAAUCUGCAUAUCCAAUUAUUAAUCGGCCUUACGAGAUACGUCUGUAUAGGUAUUGAAUAAUAUUCAAGUGCAUAACUGUGAGAAUAUAUGCAGUGUAAUGUUAAAAGCGCAUGAACUUAACCAAGGUCUGUAUACCGAACGAGUUAUCUUUAAAGUAUUUAUAUAAAAUUAUCCUUAUGAUCGCGGUUAGAAACGGCAUUGGACUUCAUCGUACACUAUGUCUGAAAUUUAUGUAAGUCAAAAAUAAAAAGAAACAAAGGCACAAUUUCUCGCUGUAAAUGCCGGCGUGUUCUUGUGCAUAAAUUUACACAUAUACCUAGAUCGGUAGACAUAUAAUUUUUUAGAUCUAGUACGAUUCUGCGAUAGUUAAAAUAAUCAUGUAGUUUAUUAUAUCGUUAAAUAAUUCACAAAAUAGACCUUCAUAUUGAUAAAUCUUUUAAGCUUUUGUAACAAAUUCAAUUAGUUGGUGAAAAAAAAAACCGUUUGUCACGGUACAAAUGCGGAAAUAUAGUUAAUGUAAUAAAGUAAUAAAAUGUAGUGUUAUUCAAUCCAUAAACGCGAGUAUCGCAUAGCCUUGUCUAAUUAGCAUUUUACGAUAAUUAUACUCCUGUGGUAGUAAAUUAUUUUUUUUUUUUUGUCAAUUAAAAUCUGUACACCGAUUUCGAAUUCUCUGCAUCACCAUGCACCACGUACGUACAGUACGAUUCGUUUACCAUUUUGAAAAAAAAUUUAAACAAACAUACACACGUACAAGACGUAUCGUAUUUACCGAUUUUAAUUUCAGAAAAAGCGGCUAGGGGUGUUUUUCAAAAAUAAGAGAAAAAGUAUUGAAACGAAAAAAAAAAGAAAACCAAAAAAGUAAACCUAUGCUCCGUAACGUUUGUCGUGUUCUCGACGGCGCAUAAAUCUGUUUUUUGGGGUGGGGGAGAAAAAAAAAAAAUCUCGGGUGAACGUAUUCGGUCAGGUCUUUUGCGCCCUUCUCCCUUAGAUCCACCUUCCUUCUCCCGUUCUCUUUGACAGAUUUUUCCCUCCUUUUCUUAGACAUUAUUUUAACAAACACGUGCACACAAACACGACUAUCCAGCUCGGAUAUGAACGAGUAUGACAGGUGCUCUAGCAGAGAAAACACAAGUGAAAAAAGGAGAGGGAAAAAAAAUGAGAAAAGAAAAUAAAAUCAAAAAUAAAAAAGUUCGAAAGAAAAAAGAUAAGGUCUUGGGCAGGGCGAGAGAGCCGGUGCAACGGAGAUGGAGACGGGCAAGGGAGGAAAAAAGGGAAAGGGGAAAAGCAACAUAACGUAAGCAUUGCAGAGGGCUGGCAUGCCACAUGUGUCACUUGGUUGAUCAUUUACUUACCAUGUUAUUAUAUUUAGUUGUGUGAGGACGAGGACCUGACUAAUACAACUUUGAGUCAACAUUAACUAUUAUUUUAUAUACACACCGCAUCUUAUAAUGUCGUACCCGCGCCCUGAUGGGAAUUUAUGUUGAAUUUUUGUGGUAUUCAGAGAACUGUAUCGUUCUACGACGACGAUUCUGUCGCUGACUUUGCCGUAUGCGGUUUUUUCUUCUCUCGUCGUUAUCUUUUUUCAUCGAUCAGCUGACGCGUUUUUAAUCAGCGAAAUCGAUCGACGAUCGAGUCUGUAAAUUAAUUCAUGUUUUAUCCUGAUUUUUAAGGAGUACCAGGCUACCCGUAAGGUCUACUUUUUUACGGGUCUUUGAUUUUGCCAUGUUACUUCACACGAGAAAUGGCCAGCAUUUAUAGCUUCAGAGUAGUUUGAACUCUGACUCGACCGUUUCGCUCUCGUCACACGACGCGAAUAUUAUUCAGCUUGUGUAUCACGCGAUUCGCGUCCAUAUCUCGCGUGCAAAAAAUAUUCUCGUUUUAUAGGUAUACCCAUUUAUAAUACCCGUGCCCAUAUCCGCCUCGCAGACAUGGCGUAUGCUGUUCAUUUUUUUUCCAACAGAUUUUUUCUCAAUAUUCUUCAUCUCGCAAUUAUAAGCCACUAUCUAUGCUUGUUCUUCGUCAAGCUACGAGGACUCAGGAUUAAAUAAUUCGUUUCUUUUUCGUUCCUUUAUAAAUCGUCCGCGUAGGCACGUGUCAGGUGAUAAUUAUUCUUCCACAAAGAAAUCAGCGAAUAAACAAAUAAUAAAAUUAGGAAGUUGCGAUUCGUCGAAAGAUUAUCUACAAAUCGUUGAAAAUUAUACUUUCGAAUAAAUCAUUGCUAUCCAAACAGAGGUCGGAUAUUCAAUAUCGAACUAACACCUAAUAAAACUCUUGUGUACCGGACGUCAUUAAAUUAUUAUGAAUCACUCGAAUUAUCUCUUAAUAAUUCCUUCUCGUGGGGACGUUUUUUUGUAUUAUUUUCAGUCAAGGAGAUCUGUUUCGAUCUAACAAAUGGCAGAAUCGCCCACGUUUUUCUUUCAUCAGCGUGACUCGAAUGAAACAGAAUGGUGGGAGUUUAAUGUCAAAAUAUAUUGUCAUAUUUAUUGUAGAUUGAUUCGCGGAAAACAUUAUUCGAUGAACCUGACGAAGGAUGUCGAUUAAAUCUAAAAUUUGCAUCAAUGUCGUGCAAAAGCGUCAUCGUAUACAUAAUAAUCACGUGGUGAAACGCCAACGCCAAACGGCGGUAGGAGAUGAAUAUUUUCUGGGGGAAUGGGCUGUUGAUUUAUUUUCCAAAAUGUGUGAUGCAUAAAAAUAGUUGACAUUUAAAAUGCACGCUGUUGCAUAUCGGGAUAAACAUACGAAUCAACAAAUUACGUCUGGCUCGAAGUGGUGCGAAUCAAAAACGUACAGUAUAUUGAAUUAAAAAAAAUUCACACCAACAUUGUUAUUUGUAUCUACUGUAAAUUUAUUUAUAAUAUCGUUAAAGGUCUCAGACACGAUUCGAUCGAGAACACGUCGCGAUUGUAUAUUUCCGAUGAAAUUAAAUAAAGGUAGCCGCGAUGACGUUCGCAAAAUCGUUCUUACCAAAUAUAAAUUCAGAUUCGUGCCGCAAAUACAUUAUGUCUCAUUUUGUCAAAAACUCGCCAAUACUACUAAUACUAGUUAUAAAAUCGUGUCUGUAGCGUGAAAUUGAAAUACAAUAUUUCAGCGUUAAAUGUGUACAUGUCACGUGUGAAAGUAUUUGAAAAAUUUCACCAAAAAGGGUGCAACAACUAACAAGUUCCCUCUUUAACUUGAUCCUUUUUUUUUUUCUCCUUCUUCAUCUCCUUCUGUGUCCCCUGUAGCUACUUCUUUCUGUAAUUGAGCCCAUUUCGGUCUCCGCAGGUUGGGUUGUCACUAAAACCACCGCAGGGGCUAAAAUUCAAAACCACCCGGGGCUUAUUUUGCUUGUGGGCCCACAACGAUCGGGAGUCGUGUGACCAGAGUCCACUGGGAGGUCCGAGAUGUAAAUUUUCUUUUCCACUCAUAAACUUUGACACGGGGAAUGAAUUCGAUCUCUGGUUCCAUUGCGCCCCGGUGAAGCGAAAGAACUCGCCGCAGUAUCGGCGGGUACCACCACGCGACCCAUCGACUGCGAUUCAAGAAAGUAUCGCACCCGUUAUUCCGAAGGCGAAGGGCAGCAUAUGCAGAAGAAACGAGAGGGCAGCGUACGUUUGGUCCUGCAGCAUCGUGCACGAUGAUGGUUAACUGCUGGGUAACAGUGACGCGUGUACGGCAGCUGGUAUCCAGUUUUUUUGCGUCAAGUCUCUAACCCGCGGCUCGAGCCUCAAGCCGCACAUACGAAUCGUAGAAAGGAGCUCACGCUUACCCCCCUUUUUACCCCGUUUCUUCUCCCUGUUCCCCGUCAGCGCAGCGAGUCUCUCGUCUCGGUUUAUCCUCGCCUGAAACUUUUCUUUCUUCCUCGGUUCGGCUUUUUUUUUUUCUCUUUCUUUCUUAUUUUCAAUUUUUCUUUUAACGCUUCUCCUACAGCAGGUUCGAAGUUGGCUCGUUGCACCCUAUUCGGGUGGUACCAAAGUUGACUCUUUAUUUUGAAACCUAGAUUGUUGGCGAAACGAAAGCAAAUUAAGAGCGUUUAGAUCGUCAAUUGUCACUUCAUUAAGGGUGCGACCCAACUCUCGGGAAACAUAGGAACACGUGCGCGCCAAGUGCAGAAGUGCAUUUUCCAGGGUGGCGAGAGGGUCACCUUAUAUGGGAAACGUAUUUCAUACGAAUGGCCGCGCUGGCAAAGUUUACGCCGUUCGUUGCGCGAAGAGGGGACCGAGGCGAGUCGUUAGCGAUUUCAGCAUUGGGGUCGUUGGGUCGGGUCGGGUCAGAUAAGGGAAGCGUGUCCGUUGUCGCGUUCUUUGACUCUUCGCGGGAAGACAAUUGACUCGCUUCGCGGGGAAUCAUCUUGCGACGAGUGGAAAAUGAGCAGAUUUUGUAAUGCCCCGAUACAAUAUAACUUCGGAGGGAGGGAAUGACGGAAGGCGCUCGAGCUGGUGCGGUAGGAGAAAGCGGUCGAGGGAGCCGCAAGAAAGCAAGAAAGCAAAGGAGAUGAUUGACGAGCGCACAGAUGUCAGUCGCGCGGUUUCAACGAUAACGAUGCUGCUACCGAUGCUGCACCGACCCGGAGCACGCAUGUACGUGUAGGAUUCGUUAGUCUCUCCAGCUCGAUUCGUUGGUUCGUUCGUUUCGUUUGGACGAAACGACGCAUGUACGGACGGACCGACGAACCCCCGUCGCGAACGUGCCCAGCAUUCCCCUCGCAUAUCGUGUACAUAAAAGAUACGACAUCGAACUCGAGCCACGCGAGUGGGCGGCGCCGUUUUGCUUCUUUAAACCCUUCGACUAGCAUCGUGAAUACGCGGUGGGGAGAAAAGUAGACCUAGGGGAAAAACGAUGCAACUUCUUACGGCGUCUCGACGCUCCCAGACUGCCGCGAUUCUUCAUCUCAAGGUCCGUCAGUUACCCUCCGGCAGCCCUAGCGCGUGCACACAUCCAACGAACGGUCGUUGGACAUGAUAUUCCACUGAGUUUUGCAACGUUUUUCAACGGUUAAGAAAUAAUUCCUCGAAAAAACCAAUCCGAUAAAACCUGAACUCGAUAAGAGAUUUAAAUUUAAACAAAAAAAAAACAAAAAAAAACCGCGUGACAAAAAUUUCGCGCCGAUUCCACGUCGUUCGAUACGAUUGUUCGUCGUCCGUCCGUCCGCCAUGCACCUUGAAAAAUACGGUAGCACCGCCGACGAGGAACAUCGUCGCGCUAUUCAGGACGAUUUUCAACGAUCCAACGGAUCGUUGAACAGUCAAACCUGCUGGGGAUCCUCGGUCAGCGAGGCCAGCAGUUUGUCUCCCUUGUUGCUCAGCCCCAGAGAUUCCACCGACUGGGACCAGUACGGAACUACCCUCCAGUACACCUGUUUUCCGUAUCCCUCGACCCCCACGGCUCCGCCACGUCCCGAUAGUGCCACAGACGCGAUUCCGAGCUGGUGCAGCCUCUACGGGGAGUCCGAUGACGCGACGACCGACACAUCUCCUUCUACCCCGAAACACAAACUUCCGUCAAUGGGUACCGCGUUCUCCAGAUCGUUUUACCCCAGUAACGUGCAAGGCUCGGCAAGCUACGCGAAUAACUACAACGGCAAUAACGGUUCACAGUUGUACAACAACAACGGCCACCAGGAACAGAACAUCGCGAAUGUUACCGACGAGUUCGACUUGAGUCUUAUUCGAGGCGAUCCAACUUCGUUGCUCGGUGGAAAUGGGUCCUCACCACCCUGUCCAGCGCCGUAUUUGGACGAUCUUCAGGAGGAGUUGGAUCCUUUCGCUGGUUUCAAUAACUCGUGUUACGCGGUUGGACAUUUAGUGUCAUCGCCACCCACUCCGUUGUCCCAUGGCACGUCGACGACGAAUUCAACGUAUUAUCAGAACAGAGGACAUAUCAACGGAAUUACGUCGAACUCGAACAAUUGUCUCCUCGAAGAAGUUAUACUCGCUGAGAACAGCAACCAAAUCGUCCUGCCCCAGGACGAGGGACUUCUUCUCGCCAGUGAAAGAGAGUGCGAUUUUCAGCCUUUGUCACCGACGGUUACGGAUACCAUCAAACUGGAAGCUACUCCGAUUGGUUGUCCUUUGACGGAGGAUUCGUCCUUCGGGCUGACCUACCAAUGUCGUUGGCUGGACUGCGGCUGUGCUUUUCCGGAACAGGCGAGUCUGGUGCGACACAUUGAAAGGCGACACGUCGAAUCAUCUUCGUCCGGAGCUCACAGUCAUAGUAAAAGAAUGCAGCGGGAUUCAACUUCCGGUGAAACGGGCGCCGUUGUGACAAAUGCUCCUCAGGACGAAUUCGCUUGUCUUUGGGAAGGUUGUCCACGUGCUCGACCUUUCAAUGCCAGAUACAAACUGCUCAUUCAUAUGCGAGUUCACAGCGGCGAAAAACCCAACAAGUGUCCGUUCGCAGGUUGUAAAAAGGCGUUCUCCAGGCUGGAGAAUUUGAAGAUCCAUCAAAGAUCGCACACUGGUGAAAGACCUUACGCUUGUCAGCACAGGGGAUGUUCGAAAGCUUUCAGUAACAGCAGCGACAGAGCCAAACACCAAAGAACGCACUACGAUACGAAACCAUACGCGUGUCAAGUAAGCGGUUGUGGAAAACGUUACACGGAUCCAUCGAGUCUACGUAAGCACGUCAAAAAUCAUUCGGAAUCCGGUCCAGGGUCAUCGAGUGGUAGAGGAUCGACUGGAAGUCAGUCUUGUAAGUCAUCAUCUUCGCGCAACUCGACUUCCUCCCAACGGAUUCAACAAAAAUCAACUGCAGCAGUGACUGUAGGAACGGGAGCUACCAGUAUUCCGUCAGGUACGAUGUUCCGAACGAGAACUUCGCAGGAUUCAGAGCUCAAUAUUAUGAACGGUCGUUACGAGGACGAGGAACUGCUUCUGUCGACUGCAAUCUGCGGAGAGGAACGAAUUCCGACCCCCUUUGACGAACGUCACAACGAGUACAUCCCUUUUGAAUCUGUGCGAAGAUUUUUAAUCGGGGACGCAACUCAUGUGGAAGUCACCGAUGCCACUGUUUACACCGAAGGCGAUGUAACGGAUUUUCAGGAACUCGGGUCGGACAUUGAACAGCAAUUUCUGGAACUGAGUAAUCUGGAUGACUCUGUAUUCAUCGGAGGAUAGUAAAUGCAG